AUGUCGCGCGCACUGCUGCGUCUCGAUACUGGCACGCGCGCUUCCAGCUCGGUAUGUUCGCCGCUGCCGCUGGCAUCGGCACAGUGUGGAAAUGCGCGGAUUCGGAUCUCGAAACUACAGCCGUCGCGCAUGCGGCGCGAGCCCCAUGAGCCUGUGCCUGGCAGACGAUACAGCGAACCGAUCGCAGAGCGUGCGCUGAUGGAGCACAAGCGAACUGCCCCAAGCGCAGACGCUGCAAUGCGCGCACAGGGCAAACCUGGCUCACAAACGGCCGCGCGGCCCAUCACGAUGCACUCGGAAGCGAUGCUCGGCACGCAGGCAGUGCCGAGCUUGCAUGGGUCGGCUCGAUCUUCGCGCUCCAUGCGCACGUCGAGUUCGUCCAGUGUGUACUCCAACGGCCCUAUCGUUUCCGCCGAUCACGUAUAUAGCUCGUAG